AGUCCCCUGUUCACUGAUGGAAGCAUCAGAGGCCUCUGGGUACAGAUUGACUGGACAUCUCUUUGCUCUUGGAGAAGGGCUAAAAACCAGAGGCCAGGGGAUUCCUUCUCCAAGAAACGUGUCACGCACUGAGGUAGAAGCGGGGUCUGUAGAGGCAAGUCAUGGGCAAAGCCUGUCUGCUCGGGGUAAGUAGCCAAUGUCCAUGGCGCCUCCAGGCAGCAGCUGUCCUUCCCCAUGUUUCCCGAGCUAUUUGGGGACCGAAAUGAUGGGGUGUCACACUGGUUACCGCUGAGGAAAUUUAAGGAAAGCCAAGUGGAAUGUCGUAUACCAACCAGACCUCCCUCUCCGUGGCCCUAGGUAGUAAAUGUGUUUGGUGGUCGCCACUCCGGUGGGAGACUCGGGAUCGCGGUGGAGCAGGCUGGCUUAUCUUGAGCUCCCACGCCUUACGUGCCGCACGCACGCGCCCAGAGGUUGCGUCUGGUAGUUCUGAGAGGGGAGCGGACGUAGUGGGGAGCUUCGUUUUGGGCAACUGAGUCUAAGGUCUAGGGGAACCCGGACGGCUGGACGCCCCUCGCUGCUUCGCGUAUGCCUGACUGCGGAUGGCGGGGGAGUGAAAAGUGUGGCCCGCAAAAGGGAACGCUAGGCCUUUCCUUCUGAUGCUUUUCGCCCCUGCCUCUGACGGAGGGUUCACCCGGGAGUGCCAGCCCCACCCGCGCUAAUCAUUGAGACGUGAAGCGCGGCCAGCGUGCAAUCCCUGCAACGGACCUCGGGGGUCGCCCAUCCCCUGACUGGGCUGUUCGGAGGAUCUCGUGCCUGGCUUUAACCUCAAGGAAUCCUUGGCCGCGGAGCUUAUACCAGGAGCAGACUUUAGACUGUCUAGGUUGAUGGAAGUUUGAAUCCUCACUCGUGAGUAGUGACUGACUGCAGUGUGCUGAGAGCUGGCCAACAGCAGGACCAAGCAGCCUCGUCAGCCAGGUUUUGUGUUGUAUUUAGGAUUUCAGGAGACAGUGUCCAAGCUAUCAGUGAUAAGGCAGGUAUGGAUGAUCCAGGGGACCAGAGCAAUGAGGAAGCACCUAAAGCUAUUAAGCCCACAAGUAAGGAGUUCAGGAAGACUUGGGGGUUCCGGAGAACAACAAUUGCUAAGCGCGAGGGUGCUGGGGACACUGAGGUAGAUCCUGCUGAGCAGCAGCCACAUAGUCUCUCCCUACGCCGCAGUGGGAGGCAGCCAAAGCGCACUGAGAGGGUAGAAGAGUUUCUGACCACAGUUCGACGCCGAGGAAGAAGGAAUGUGCCUGUUUCCCUUGAGGAUUCCAGCGAGGCAGCAUCCUGUCCAGUCACAGAUGUGGAGAGUGCCUCAGAGGGUAGUGUUGAGAGCAGCUCUGAGAUAAAGAGUGUCCCUACACGUGGUUCCAAGCGGGGGAAGGAGCGCCCUGCCUCUUCUGAAAAGGCCAAAGGAAGGGAUGAGCAGGGUGACACCUCUGACAGUGACAGUGAUGGGCUAACUUUGAAAGAACUUCAGAAUCGUCUUCGAAGAAAGCGAGAACAAGAACCAGUGGAGAGACCCCUGAAGGGUGUCCUGAGUCGCCUGAGGAAGAAGCGGCGAGAAGAGGACCCAGGUGAUGCUAUGGAGGUGGAGGUGGCCAGAGCUUGCCGCGAUGUGCCACCCUGUAAGCAAGAGUCUGAGGCUGGUGAGGGAUCUGUGAACCAGGCAGGAAAAAAUGACAGAGAGGGUGAAACAGAGGGCACAGUGGCUCAGGAACCUAAAGAUGAAGACCCUGCAGACAUGGGCAAACCUAAGCCUGACUGUGAGGUUUACGACCCCAAUGCCCUGUACUGCAUCUGCCGCCAGCCUCACAAUAACAGGUUUAUGAUCUGCUGUGACCGCUGUGAGGAGUGGUUCCAUGGCGACUGCGUGGGAAUUUCUGAGGCUCGAGGGCGGCUCUUGGAGAGGAAUGGGGAAGAUUACAUCUGCCCAAAUUGUACCAUCCUGCAAGUGCAGGAGGAUACAAAUUCAGAAGCCACUGAUGAGCAGGAAACUAGAUGCAGACCUGCAAGUGUGGAUGGCACAGACUGCACUAGCAUAGGGACAAUAGAGCAAAAGUCUAGUGAAGACCAGGGCAUCAAGGGUAGAAUUGAGAAAGCUGCAAACCCCAGUGGCAAGAAAAAACUCAAGAUAUUCCAGCCUGUCAUAGAAACUCCUGGUGCCUCGCGGUGCAUCGGUCCUGGGUGCUCCAGUGUGGCGCAGCCUGAAUCGGUGUACUGCAGUAACGACUGCAUUCUCAAACAUGCAGCAGCUACUAUGAGAAAUCUAAAUUCAGGUAAAGAACAAAAACCAAAGCCUAAGGAGAAAGUCAAGAUGAAGCCAGAAAAACUCAGUCUUCCAAAAUGUAGUGUUCAGGCAGGGAUUAAAAUCUCUAUACACAAGAAGCCCGCUCCAGAGAGGAAAGAAAAUGUGGCGAAGAAAGUGAUGGUGACUCCUCCUAGGAGUGACACAGUGGGGAAGGAGGCAGCCUGUGAGAGCAGCACACCCUCCUGGGCCAGCGACCACAACUACAAUGCAGUGAAGCCAGAGAAUACUGCUGCGCUCUCCCCACCACGGUUCUGUAAAUCUGUGAAGGAUGACAAGAGAGUGGAGGACAGAGCGGUGGGACCAGCCUCGGGCCCAAAGAAAACAGCCCUUCCAGGCUCCUCAGUGGGCAGACAACCUUCAUCCAGAACUCUUGUUCCAAAGAAACCGCCUUUCACAAACAUGGCAGGAGCCAAACCGGCCAUUAAGAAGUCACCCUCAGGCUUUAGAGGCCCCAUCCCCAAGAGGCCCUGGCUCUUGCCUACCCCAUCAGGCACCUCAGCUGCCAGGCAGGCACGACCAAUGCCUGUUGCGGUGGCGGCUGCUUCCAAAAAGGCACUGGGCUCUACUGCUUUGGUUGGAUCCAUAAGGAAGCCAGUGGGAACUUCCACACCCACAACUGUUCCAGCCAUGGGACGCCUCGGGUCCACAGGCUCUGCCCAGUCACAGCCAAAUUCACAAAUUCGGCAAAAUAUAAGACGCUCCUUGAAAGAGAUUUUAUGGAAAAGAGUCAAUGACAGUGAUGACUUAAUCAUGACGGAAAACGAAGUGGGAAAAAUUGCCCUCCACAUUGAGAAGGAGAUGUUUAACUUGUUUCAAGUUACAGAUAAUCGCUACAAGAGUAAAUACCGCAGCAUCAUGUUCAACCUCAAGGAUCCUAAAAAUCAGGGACUCUUCCAUCGAGUGCUGCGUGAAGAAAUUUCUUUGGCAAAACUUGUAAGAAUGAAGCCAGAAGAACUUGUAUCUAAAGAACUUUCUAUGUGGAAAGAGAGGCCAACAAAAUCUGUAAUUGAGUCCAGAAGUAAACAGCAGAAUGAAAGCAAAAAGGCUGUCAUGAAGCCAGAAACCAUUCCUGACAUGGAGGACUCUCCACCUGUGUCAGAUUCAGAUGAGCAGCAGGAAUCAGUACGUGCUGCCCCUGAAAAAACAGCUCCUCUUCUCGAUGUGUUCAGCAGCAUGUUGAAGGACACGACAAGUCAACACCGAGCCCAUCUUUUUGAUCUAAACUGUAAAAUUUGCACAGGUCAGGUUCUGUCAGAAGAUGAACCAGCUCCUAAAAAACAAAAAAUGUCAACUUCUGCUAAGAAAGAAGACUUAAAGCCCAAGCCUGACAGCUCUCCACCUGAUCCAGUUCCUCACUUGUCUGGUGAAGGUUCUGCAGAGAUUCCGCCAGAAAAUGCCUCAGAGACAGACCUGGAAAGGGCCUCUGGUCCAAAGCCAGAGAAAAAGUAUAUCCCUGGGCCUCCAGAGGACAGCCAUCCAGAGCUCUCCCUGACAGAAAGCUCCUCUCCCUGCCCCACUUCCUGUGGGGUUGGGGUGGUCACCACAGUCACAGUGUCAGGCCGAGACCCCAGGACGGCUGUGGGUGGGUCCUGCACCGUCAUGGCCUCUGCUGCAGGCCAUCUGGACAGCUCUCACACGGUCGAAACCAAGCCAGACCCGCUAAAGCCCGCCCUGACCUCUGUGACACUGCCCAAGUCCAUACUUGCUAAGCCGUCCUCGUCUUCUGACCCGAGACAUUUGUCAGUUCCACCAACACCAGGAAUCAGUGCCUCAGAGACACGAUCCCCCCCAGAAGGAGACACGACCCUUUUUUUGUCUCGCCUCAACACCAUUUGGAAAGGAUUUAUUAACAUGCAGAGUGUAGCCAAAUUUGUCACUAAGGCGUAUCCUGUCUCUGGGUGUUUCGAUUAUCUCAGUGAGGACUUGCCGGAUACAAUUCACAUCGGUGGGAGGAUUGCUCCGAAGACAGUGUGGGAUUACGUCGGCAAGCUCAAGUCUUCCGUGUCCAAGGAGCUCUGUCUGAUACGUUUUCACCCGGCGACAGAGGAGGAAGAGGUUGCCUACAUUUCUCUCUACUCCUAUUUUAGCAGCCGCGGCCGCUUUGGGGUUGUAGCUAAUAACAACAGGCAUGUCAAGGACCUCUACUUGAUUCCACUGAGUGCUAAGGACCCUGUGCCAUCUAAACUCUUGCCUUUUGAGGGACCAGGGCUUGAGUCACCACGUCCAAAUAUAAUCCUUGGGUUAGUGAUCUGUCAAAAAAUAAAACGGCCUUCAAAUGCUGGAGACGUGGAAAAGACAGAGGAGAAGCGGGCCCGACUUCAACAGGAAGAAACGGAUGUUCCAGGCUAUCCCAAAGUCACGGCAGCCUCACAGUCCGAGAGGAAGCCCUCCAAGUGCCAGCUGUACUCUGCAGACAUAGCUGUGGGCACCACACCCCCCGGGUCUCCUCCACCCCCACCCCCUCUGCCCGAGCCCCCAGUGUUGAAGGCAUUGUCCUCACUCACACCAGUGACCACCAGCAGUGUUGCUGUGCCUACCUCAACAGCAGCAGUUAGCACAGCAGCUCCAGCUUCUGUUUCACCCGUCACUUCGUCAGCCUCCAAAACAGCCACCCCAUUGGAACACAUUUUGCAGACUCUCUUUGGAAAGAAGAAGGCAUUUGAACCCCGUGCCAAAGACUCUGCUGGACCACCUUUGGCCUCACAGCAGGAUUACAAAAUCAAGGGUGAGGAAGGCGUGUCAGCUGCUCCUUUAUUAGAUCCCAUUGUUCAGCAGUUUGGUCAGCUCUCAAAAGAUAAGGCUCUGGAAGAAGAGGAAGACGACAGGCCCUAUGACCCUGAAGAAGAAUACGACCCAGAGAGAGCCUUUGACGCGCCACUUCCUGAGACAGGGAUGUGUCAUGAUGGGGAAAAGGCUCCAGACGUGGCCGAAAGGGAAGAGGUGGCCUACGACCCUGAAGAUGAGACGAUUUUAGAGGAAGCCAAGGUGACCAUUGAUGACCUGCCCAACAGGAUGUGUGCAGACAUGAGGAGCAGCUCCGCGGAGAGGCCUACAGAGUAUACCACUGAUGUCUCCACUCCCUCUUUGGUUGAGCAGCAGAAAAUGCUGGAGGAACUAAACAAACAAAUUGAGGAACAGAAGAGGCAGCUCGAGGAACAAGAAGAAGCUCUUAGGCAGCAGAGAGCUGCUGUGGGAGUUUCCAUGGCACACUUCUCCGUGUCAGACGCAUUGAUGUCACCACCUCCGAAGUCGUCACUGGCCAAGGCAGAACUUUUCCCCCAGGAGCAGCAGGUCCCAGACCAGAAUCAGGGAGUCCCAGGGACAAGCCAAAGCUCAGACUCAAGGCAGAAUAGAGACCCCAGGCAGGCCAGACGCCUAGCAGAGAGCGGUGAGAAUGAGCCACUCUCUAGGACUCCAGCAGGCAGUGUUACAGGAGUACAGGGUCCCCUGCCUUCAAGGGAGGCUCCUUGUGGGGCCACAGCAGUCCAGGUGCCUAUAGCAGCCCAGGAAUCAAAGCAGUUGGGGACGGCUCCUUGGGGUGCAGGUGAAAAGACUGCCCUGAUGUCCAAGCAGGAUAGCCAGGGAUGUGAGCACCCUGGAAACCCUGUUCCACAGCCUCUGGAGAACAUCCAUCCCCCAGCAGCUGGAGACAGCACAGCCAGACCCGCCCGGAGAGUGCUGCUGCCUACGCCUCCAAGCACUGCCUUUCAGCCUGGCUUCACUCUGCAGAAUGAUGUACAGAAUUUUAAUCCUGCUGGAGGAAGAGAGCCUUUCUCAGGUCUGGUAUUUACAUCUCAGGAAAAAUCUCUUUGCCCGUCUCUGUAUGAGGACCCAAGAAACACUCAAUGUGCUGGAAAGAAUGACAGCCCAGCCAUUGAUACAGAGGGUGACAGAGAGCCACUGUCCAGGCCUGGUGAAGGCACAGCCCUGUACUCCCAGGCUGGACAAAAGGGAGGCCUUCAGCCCCAGUUUCCAGGACAGCGUGAAUCCGUUCCUCACUCUUUUGGGAUGUCUGGAUUUCAUGGCCCAAAUUUCCCAGGACCCAGGGGACCAGUCCCUCAUUUUCCAGAAGAUAAUGUGGUUCCUAACAGUGAUGGGCCAAGAGCACCUCCACCUGUGAGAUUUGGGGCCCAGAAGGCACCCAUCCCUUCCUUAUUCUUGGGGCAACAUGGGCCACCUUAUGGAGACAGUAGGGGUCCCUCAGCCUCUUACCUUGGGCCGAGAGGAGGAGCACCAGCCCAAUUUGAAGAACACAAAGAUCCCCAUGGAGAGAAGAGGGAAUUCCAGGACACCCUGUACAGUGAGAUGACGGGUGCCUCUGCCCAGUGUGAAGGACCAGAGCAGACUCAGUUCAUGGGAAACAGGGGCACUGCACCUUUCCAAUUUGGAGGCCAAAGACGGCCUCUCCUGACUCAGCUGAAAGGUUCCCGAGGAGGACCCCCACCUGCCCAGUUUGGCAGCCAGAGAGGACCGCCCCCUGGCCAUUUCAUAGGCCCCCGAGGGCCCCAUCCUAGUCAGUUCGAAAGUACCCGGGGGCCCCAUCCCAAUCAGUUUGAAGGACCCAGAGGCCAAGCCCCAGGUUUCAUGCCAGGUCCCCGGGGCCUUCAGCCUCAGCAGUUUGAAGAGCAGAGGGUAAACUCACCACCUAGGUUUGCAGGUCAGAGGACACCAGCACCUAUGCCAUUUGGGGGACCAAGGGUCUCUGCACCCUUUUCUGAAAAAAAUGAGCAGACACCUCCCGGAUUUCACUUUCCAGGCCCAUCACCGCAAGCAAUGAAGCCAUCCCCUAGACCCCUCCUGGAGCUUCCAAGCCACCCCCCACAGCACAGGAAGGACCGAUGGGAUGAAGCUGGCCCAGCGACAGCCCUGCCUUCUGGUACUUCAUCUGGACAGGGCCCUGAGGCUGAUGGACAGUGGGCUGUGGGUGCAGACUUCCGAGAGGGCAAAGGCCAUGAGUACAGGAAUCAGACUUUUGAAGGGAGGCAGAGAGAACGGUUUGAAGCCGGGCCCAAAGAAAAGUCACUGGAGGAGCCAGAAGCCCAAGGGCCAGAAAGUCGGCAGGGCCGGACGUUUGAGGACAGGAGGAGAGAUCGAGACCGCGGCAGGAACUGGAGUCGAGAGAGAGACUGGGAGAGGAGCCGAGACUGGGAAAGACACAGAGACAAAGACUGCAGCCGGGAGUGGGACAAAAGCAACGAGAGGAACACAAGCAGGGACAGAGAGCGGCCGGCGGACCGCGCCAAGGAGUGGGACCGGAGUCGGGAGAGAAGCAGAAAUCGGGACCGAGACAGAAGGCGAGACCGGGACAGGUCCCGGAGCCGAGACCGAGACCGCGAGAGGGCCCGGGACAGAGAGCGAGGCCGAGAUCGUAAGGACCGCAGCAAGAGCAAAGAGAGCACCCGGGACUUGAAGCUGGAGGCCACCAGGGCCUCCGAUGCGGGCAGCACUUCUGCUCAGGCCUAGCCGCCACCGUGCCGGGGUGUGGCCAGACGUGCGGGGAGAGGCUUUACGUGGGCCGGUCUCAUGGAGACUCAGCCUGCAGAAAUCCUUUUAAAAGCCAGGUUCUUAAAACAUUGUGCAAAGACUUUUUGAAAUAGCCCUGAUGAACUUAGAUGCCGAAAAGAAUAUUCUGGACUUAAAAUUACUGUAAUUUUGUAUAUACUGGUUUCUUACAAAAUUUCACAUCUUUAUCUUAUGCUUUUUUAAAAAAAACAACUUCAGAACUUAGUAUUUCCAUUUAAAAAUUACAGAAAUGGGAAAAUAUCUACAAAAGCAUAUUGCUUUUUCAGAUUAUAGUUAUCUUUUCCAAUAACUUGACUGUUGUAAGUUUUAAGGGAAUUUCAGUGGACUUCGAGCCAUGCCUUCGCUAGCACCUCUUCUGUUUCCGUGUUUCUGACGCUGUUCCCCAGGGCUGGCCUGGGACAGUGAAGCCACCUGGCCAGUGUCACUGGGUAGGUGAGCUCAGGUCCCUGCCGCAGCUGCGGGAGGAGGCCUUAGUAACUUCUCUGCAGUGUCUGUCGAGAAACCCAAAAGUUAUAAAUUCACCUUUGCUUCGUUGUGAAGAAAUUUGAUUUACAAAUUUCAAUCCAGAGACAAAAAUAUUUUUCUUAGUUUUGAAUUUUUUCAGAAUUCAAAGCAACGUCUAUCCUAGUAGAUAUUGUUGCAUUUGAAAUAAUUUAUUGAAACAGGUUUCAAUUUUACCAGCUUAUAGAGGACGAGACAAGUGUACUUUGGUGGGGGCAUCCUCUUUGGUGUGCACCAUCAGAAACGGUGUCAGGUUCUGCUGGUGAGCAGCUCUGCCGCUCCUGAACGCACACCCACACUUGCUGCCCUGCAGGUGUUAUAGCUUGAGUUUGCCACUGGAAUGGUCAUAUUUGUACAGAAUCUGAGAGGGACAAGAGAUGUAUUAUUAAUUCAAAACAAAAUACGUUCUCACUACAGUAGUGUUCUGCUUCCUGUCACAUGUUUUCAGGUACUUCUGAUAUGGACUAGAGAAAGCCUGGUUAACUUAUUUGACUGUACAAACAUGCUUUGAUAAUUCUUUUUAUAUUUUCAUAAACUUUGCAGAUACAAAAUUAGUUUCAUUUGUUCUUUGGAGUCUUAUUCCAUUGUACAUCACUACAGAUUUUUCACUUUAUAGCACAGAUUUCUAAGUUGAAAAAACCUUGAGAAUUUAGAAAUUUGGGGUGUUUGGUAUUAGAAAUCAAGCACCAGUAAGUUAAAUUACAAUAAAGUCGGGUCACGUUCCAACAUCUAACAUGAUGGGAAAGUUUUUUUUUUUUUUUUUAACAUUAUAAGGCAAACUUUUCUAAUUUAAGUACACAAAUGUAAAAAUUGUGUUUCUUUAGGUUUACUUGAUAGGAAUUUCUGUAAAUUGUUAUUUUGUAUUGCAGAGUGUUAUAUC